AUGGAGUCCACCGACGAGCGAGCGCAACGGGCUCCGUUCCAGAGCGAGUCGAAUACAGACCAGAAUACCGCUCGAACGAUCCCGAUCAUCCACCCUCCCAUUCUGCAAGCCUCUGCCCCGUCGCCGGGGGAUCCUAUGGAGGUCACGAUUCCCACAUCGGCGAUGAUGGCUCCUCCAGCCCGCGUCAGUCCCGAAAACGACACAAACGGCGUACAGGAACAACAUAUGGGCAUGAAUGAUCAGCCAAGUACCGGUAGCCUCGCGGGCCCCAAUGCGUCGGCGGCGGCAGCAGCAGCGGGCGCCCAGCAGCCCAAGGUCGUCCAGACGGCAUUUAUACACAAGCUGUACAACAUGUUAGAAGAUCAAAGCAUACAACACUUAAUAUCAUGGUCGAAUUCAGCAGAGAGUUUUGUCAUGUCCCCGUCCAAUGACUUCUCAAAAGUUCUUUCUCAAUAUUUCAAACAUACCAACAUCUCAUCAUUUGUACGGCAACUGAACAUGUAUGGAUUUCACAAAGUGAGCGACGUUUUCCAUACCGGCUCCCCCGAAUCGCCCCUAUGGGAAUUCAAACAUGGCAAUGGCAAUUUCAAGAGAGGAGAUCUGGUUGGUUUACGAGAGAUCAAGCGACGAGCAUCGCGGCAUGCUCUUGUCCACCGAGAUUCAUACUCCGCUCCAAAACCGCCGCUUUCGCAACCUGGCAAUCCCACCGAGCCCAUUCAUCCAAUGCAAGAUUCGACCGAGUCUAGAUUGGUCAACCUUGAGCACACACUAUAUGACAUGCACGGUCGCCUUCAAAGAAGCGAGGAUAAUUCGCAAUUCCUGCAUGUGCGGAAUCAAAUUGUUAUGGAGGCAUUAUCUCGCUCGCUUCAGUUGAAUCAUGAGAUGGCCAGAGCGGUGCUAUCACUUGUCCCCAAUCCGGACACACCGCUUCACAGAGAUGUCAUCAACAUGCAAGCUGAAAUUCAACGCCAAGCCGAAGUGAUCAGAUCAAUGGAGGAGCCUCCCGAGCCACCAUUUUCAGGUAGUCGACCGUAUUUCUCAAAUCUCUCGUUAGAUAAUCCCCCAGUUUCACCUCGGCAAAUGCCACAAGACGACCCUCGCCGCUCAAACACCCUCGGUGUCCCUCGACAGAACUUUUAUAAGCCUCCAGGGCGGUCACAUCUUUCUAUUACGCCUCGGGCAUAUGGCUCAAUUGGAGCUGGUACGGCACAGUCGUCCCCAAGUUCGCUCCGCUCUCAAGUUCCACCGCCACCCCCUCCUCCACAUCCACUUGCCAACGUAUCUACAUCGCCUACGAACCUUGCCCGCCGGCACACCUCAGCAGACAUCCGCAAUGUAGCAGGCUGGCAAGCCAACACCUCCCCUUUUGGAUCCGGCCAAUCAUCUUCCCAAUGGCCAUCAUCCCCAAAGAGGACCCCAACCGUCAUGAACGAAGAUCAGCGAAUCCACGAUAGUUUCAGCUCCUAUUCCCUAGCAACUGCAUCAGCCUCCCAUGGCCCCCGUGCUGACAAUUCUCGACCUACCACGCCUCCAUUCUCCAACGGGAACGCUGCCGAUUAUCUUAAUAGUUGGUCAUGGGGCUCGGGCCGGGAUAAGACUCCAACCAGUCUUUUAAAAGAUAACUCGGGUCCUCCGACCAGAAGAGGCAGUAUGGCUCACAUACUUAACCCGGCCGAAACUGCGGAAAGGGAAGAAGAGCACGAAGAGGAUUUAAGGGAAGAAGAUAGGAAGCGGAAACGGCUGCAAUAG